UUAUUUAACUUUAAAACCUGAUUGAUUUGUAAUAGAUUUUGCAUACCAAAAUAGAUAUUGGUAUGAAAUUAGUCUGAUCAAGGUAGACUUUAUAUUUUUUUAAAUUAAUGUUAUUCUUGUAAUUCUCUUCCUAUUGCACACAGGGGACAAUGGAGGAAAUCACUUUAGGCUAAUUUAACACCUGAAUAUUUAUACAUAUGUUGUUCACAGAUUUGUAUAACCUAUUGGAAAAAUGUGUUGCAUCAUCUUUCAAAAGCAGAGAGUUAAAUUAAUUAUGUACAAGAUAGAUAUUUAUCUGAGGAUUGUUAAAUAGAUUAAUAAUUAUUUUUAAUAUUUAACAUGAUCUUGACCUGCUAGGUCAAGGGAAGUAGAAAGGGUUUCCUUACCUCCUCCACAGACCUUUAUAUGAUGGUCACUGUGGGGGAUCCCAUCUAGGCCAGCAAAUUAUAGCUGUCUUUGUAGAAUGCGGAGCUGCAACUGGCAACCCUGAAAGGAUCUGACACUACAUAUUGCAGCCUGGCUUAACAUAUCUUGGAUGAAAUUGCUGAAAGCUAUAGUGCUACCAAUACACUGUGAUUUAGGGGUUGGAUUCAUUUUAAUAUUUAUACUAGAGGACCACACAUGUACUUCAUUGCUUAGGCAGGCCAAACUGUACACCCAGCCAGGCUCCUCACCCUGCCCUACUCUCAGGUAAGAUUCAAGAACCCUACUGAUUUUGGUGAAAAUUGGAAAAGCCUGAUUUGUAAUGAUUUCCACCGAUAUUACACCUUUGGGCAUGAGUGGCUAGCCAAUAUUCAGGGCUCGCAGAUUGUUUCUAUUAGGAGGAGAAACUGAUGAUAGAUAUUCCUUGUAUGCAAUCCUGUUUAUUUACAAAGAAAGUACACAAAGUACUGUUUCCCAGAACACAGUAUGAAUGGAACAGGUGGCAGUUUCUUUACUCACAGCUCCAAGCCUUUUCCAAACAGCAUUCUGCCCCCAAAGUUCCCUAUCCUUGCUUUCUCACAGGGCUUCAUUUCCAGUACUUCUUUUGAUGUGUUUAGGGUUCCCUGGCUGCCUUUUCUCUGAAUGUCUGUGAUGUGUCUGCUGUUACUCUCCCAAACAGUAAGGAAAUUGACAAUCAUUUUAAUUUAAUAUAACCCAAAUAACACAGCAUUAUUUAAUAUUGAUAGUUUUAUGGUUAUCUAACUAUAUCAGUUAUUUCCCUCCGUAAAGGCAAUUUCAAUCUUUACUUUAGGGCAUCUAGUGUCAUGGGGGCAAAGUUCAUUUGAGUUCUGUAUUUGCUUCCAUGUUCAUACAUACUUUGAAAACCACAGGAUAUAGUGUAGUACAUCUGAUUCUGUUUGUUUUUAUGAGCUUCUGUAAAGUCUGUUAUCUAUCUCAAUAGCAUCUUUAAGCAAGUCUUGACACAGGGAGAUUUUAGGUCAGCCUGACCACAAGUUUCUCUCUAAUCAUGACAAUCAGUUGACAUUGGAUAUUGUACAUUGAACAUGUAGGAGUCACAGAUCUGGGACGUUCACCAGGGCCCUGUCUUCUCAGACUGAUCAGUGAAAGCGGACAAGGGAGAUAGAAGUGUAACCAAAACGUUGUUCGAAGGUAAAACCGUUUGAAAGCCGGAAAUUGACAGCGCCCAGUACGAGUGAGUUGCAGGGGGGCUCUGGGAAGAGGCGGUCCCUGAGGCACUGGGGGGCUCCGCUCGAUGGUUUCCGGUUCAGGUUGCUCCUUUUACCAGCAGCGAUUUAUUCAAAAGGCCAACUCUGCAAACCCGUCCUGGGCUCCGGGCCUGGGGGCGAACGGGAGACGGAGUCCUGUCCUCGCCCCCAGUGGGCGGGGCCGGUCUGAGCAGGGUCUCUCCGCGCUCACCCCACUGACUGGAGAGCGAGUCCGUCCCUCUACGCGCGCGGCGACGCGCAUGCGCAGUGCGGAAGCCUCGCCGGAGCCGCGGUGCUGGAGGCCUGUCACUUCUUCCUGGUGCUCCCUCCUCGCCGGAGCAGGAUCCCCUCUCUCGGGGGUCCCCGCGGGGCUGUGACCCGGAUCUCCGCAGCUGUGAAGAGUACUCGAUUGUGAAAACCUUGGAUCACCACUGUUUUAUAUCUGUUCUAUUCUUUUGUGUUACAGGUUGAAACUUGUAUGGCAGUCAUUUAUAUGGAUCUGUGAUGGAUCUAUAACUAUGUCCCAAGUCAAGCCAAAGUCAUUUUGAGCAUCCUCUUCUGAAUGUGAAGGAACAUUUUGAACAGUGAAGUUGCAAGAUCUUACCGAUCAAGACAACUGGAACCAUGUUGUGCUGGGGAAAUGCAUCCUUUGGACAGCUUGGAUUGGGUGGAAUUGAUGAAGAGAUUGUAUUAGAACCCAGAAAAAGUGACUUUUUCCUAAAUAAAAAGGUCCGAGAUGUAGGAUGUGGACUCAGACACACUGUUUUUGUCCUGGAUGAUGGGACUGUGUAUACAUGUGGAUGUAAUGAUCUAGGACAAUUAGGGCAUGAAAAAUCCAGAAAGAGACCAGAGCAUGUUGGUGCCCUGGAUGCCCAAAAUAUUGUAUCUGUUUCAUGUGGAGAAGCCCACACACUAGCAUUAAAUGACAAGGGCCAAGUGUAUGCUUGGGGUCUUGCUACUGAUGGACAGCUUGGCUUGCCUGGAACAGAGGAAUGUAUCAGAAUUCCCAGAAAUAUCAAAAGCUUAUCAGAUAUCCAAAUAAUGCAAGUUGCCUGUGGCUACUGUCACUCACUUGCACUCUCAAAAGGCAGUGAAGUUUAUUCCUGGGGACAGAAUAAAUAUGGCCAACUGGGUAUAGGUUAUGAAUUUAAAAAGCAGACUUCACCUCAACUGAUUAAAUCUUUACUGGGAAUCCCUUUUGCACAAAUUGCAGCAGGAGGAGCACAUAGUUUUGUACUAACUCUUUCUGGAGCCAUUUUUGGAUGGGGACGCAACAAAUUUGGUCAACUUGGUCUUAAUGAUGAAAAUGACAGGUAUGUUCCUAAUCUGCUGAAGUCCCUAAGAUCUCAGAAAAUUAUUCACAUCUGUUGUGGAGAAGAUCAUACAGCUGCUCUUACAAAGGAAGGUGGGGUUUUUACAUUUGGAGCUGGAGGCUAUGGACAAUUGGGUCAUAACUCUACCAGCCAUGAGAUAAACCCAAGGAAAGUUUUUGAACUUAUGGGAAGCAUUGUCACACAGAUUGCUUGUGGGAGGCAGCACACCUCUGCAUUUGUUCCUUCAUCUGGAAGAAUUUACUCCUUUGGUCUUGGAGGUAAUGGACAGUUAGGAACAGGAUCAACCAGUAAUAGGAAAAGUCCCUUCACAGUAAAAGGAAACUGGAUUCCUUAUAGUGGACAGUACCCACCAAGCACAGACAGUGAAGAAUAUUAUUGUGUAAAGAGAAUUUUCUCUGGUGGAGAUCAGAGUUUUUCACACUACUUUAAUCCACAGAACAUGAUGCCACCAGAUGACUUCAGGUGUCCUGACUCUUCAAAGCAGAUCUGGACUGUGAAUGAAGUAUUUAUUCAGAAACUGCUGACUUGUUCAUCUGGAAGACUUCCUGUGGAGAUAGCUAAUGAAAUAGAUGGAACAUUUUCUUCAGCUGGCUGCCUAAAUGGGAGUUUUUUAGCUGUCAGUAAUGAUGAUCACUAUAGAACUAGUGCUCGAUUCUCGGGGGUUGAUAUGAACGCUGCUAGACUACUAUUUCACAGACUUAUAAGUCCUGACCAUCCUCGUAUAUCACAACAGGUUGCAGCUAGUUUGGAGAAGAACCUUAUUCCUAAAUUGACUACUUCCUUACCUGAUGUUGAAGCCCUAAGGCUGUAUCUCACUUUGCCAGAAUGCCCACUGAUGAGUGAUGUGAACAAUUUUACAACAUUAGCUAUUCCUUUUGGAACAGCUGUUGUAAAUCUAGAAAAAGCUCCACUGAAAGUACUUGAAAACUGGUGGUCUAUACUUGAACCUCCAUUGUUCCUCAAGAUAGUGGAGCUGUACAAGGAUGUUGUGGUCCACCUCCUGAAAUUAUACAAGAUUGGUAUCCCCAAUUCUGAAAGAAGAAUCUUUACCAGUUUUCUACACACUUCUCUCAAAGUUCUGGAAAUUUUACAUAGGGUAAAUGAGAGAGGAGGACAAAUUAUACAGUAUGACAAAUUUUACAUUCAUGAAAUACAAGACUUGAUAGACAUCAGAAAUGACUACAUCAACUGGAUCCAGCAGCAGGCAUAUGGAAUGGACAUCAACCAUGGAUUAACUGAGCUAACAGACAAUCCAGUUACAAUUUGCACAUACCCUUUCGUGUUCGAUGCACAGGCAAAAACUACGCUCUUGCAAACAGAUGCUGUCUUACAAAUGCAGAUGGCUGUUGACCAGGCUCACAGACAGAAUUUCUCAUCUAUUUUUCUCCCUGUAUUUGAAUCUGUCAAUCCUUGUCUAAUAUUAGUGGUGCGCAGAGACAAUAUUGUAGGAGAUGCUAUGGAAGUCCUAAGGAAAACGAAGAAUGUAGAUUACAAGAAACCACUGAAGGUUAUUUUCGUAGGGGAAGAAGCUGUUGAUGCAGGAGGUGUUCGCAAAGAAUUUUUCUUGCUCAUCAUGAGAGAGUUGCUUGAUCCCAAAUAUGGAAUGUUUAGGUACUAUGAAGAGUCCAGGCUCAUCUGGUUCUCUGACAAGACCUUUGAAGACAGUGACUUGUUCCAUUUGAUUGGUGUUGUCUGUGGGCUAGCAAUAUAUAAUUUUACUAUUGUAGACCUUCAGUUCCCCUUGGCUUUGUACAAGAAGCUGUUGAAUAAGAAGCCUUCCCUAGAUGACUUAAAAGAGUUAAUGCCUGAUGUUGGCAGAAGUAUGCAGCAGUUACUGGACUAUCCAGAAGAUGACAUAGAGGAGACAUUUUGUCUCAACUUUACGAUCACUGUGGAAAAUUUUGGAACAACAGAAGUAAAAGAGCUGAUUCCUAAAGGUGCCGACAUUCCUGUGGUCAAACAAAAUAGGCAAGAAUUUGUAGAUGCUUAUGUGGAUUACAUCUUCAGUAAAUCAGUGGCUUCCUUAUUUGAUGCAUUCCAUGCAGGCUUUCAUAAGGUGUGUGGUGGUAAAGUUCUUCAGCUCUUCCAGCCCAGUGAGCUGCAGGCGAUGGUGAUUGGGAACACAAAUUAUGAUUGGAAAGAACUGGAGAAGAAUACAGAAUAUAAAGGAGAAUAUUGGGCAGACCAUCCUACAAUUAAAAUAUUUUGGGAUGUUUUUCACGAGUUAUCACUGGAAAAGAAAAAGCAGUUUCUGUUGUUUUUAACAGGCAGUGAUCGUAUUCCUAUUCUUGGAAUGAAGUGUCUUAAACUAGUCAUCCAGCCAACAGGAGGUGGAGAAGGAUAUCUUCCAGUAUCUCACACUUGCUUUAAUCUUCUUGAUCUUCCAAAAUACACAGACAAAGAAACCCUAAAAUCUAAGCUGAUCCAGGCAAUAGAUCACAAUGAAGGCUUCAGUUUAGUAUAACUUUAGAAAUGAGCUAUUGUAAUUGUUUAAUGUGGGAGCAUUAAACUAAUUCUUUGUGUCUUUCUUGUGAUGGUAAGUUCAGUGGAGAAGUUGACAAUGUAACAACUGGUUAUUUACAAAAUGUUCAGUGAUACGAAUAUUCAUAGAAGGCCAAAAGUCCUUACAAAAAUGAACUGUUAAUACACAGCUUGUAUAGAACCAUGUUUUUGUCAUCUUAAAAUAAAAAUGAGACUGUGAAUGAGACUCAAGUUUCACAAACAUGAAUUUCAACACUUCACAUAUUAUAAAAACAAUUUAGCGUGUGAGUGCAUGAAAGACUUGUUUAAUUUUUUUCAAUCACAGAGUGAAAACAUUUCCUAUUAUGAUAGUCCCAUUUGAUUAUUUUUCAUUUUGUAAAUAAAGCUUUGUAAUAAAAUAGUUUCAGUUCUGAUAGC